UUCAACGACGAGGUGACGAGAGUUUUGAAAGAGAUGAAAUUGGAGGGAAUUUUUAGAGUUGUCUGACUUUUAUUUUAACUACUCUGUUUUUCUUUGCAAAUAUGAUAAGAAAUGCCUGAGCACGCGCGCUUAAUUCGGUCGUGAUACGCGGACGGUUUGCUCAUGUUUUGGUGUUUACUAUAGUGUCAAAGUGCCCAUGAAUGAGGAUCCACGCAAGCAUCCUCCCAUAGACUGAGAGUUUCUCCGUUAACAGGUGGUUGUUCGCGUCUCUGAUGGUCAUGGUGACGGCGGAAACUCUCUACAGUUGUUCGACUUUUAGAACUGAUGACAGCUGCGCAGGUUUAGAAAGCCAAGAGAGUUACUAGGUAAAAGCCUCUCCAUCAAAAUCUAUGAUCAGCUCGGUGUGUGUUUCGUCGUACCGCGGGCGCAAGUCAGGCAAUAAACCUCCUUCCAAAUCAUGUCUGAAGGAAGAGAUGGCCAGAGGCGAAGACUCGGACAAAAUCAUAAUCAACGUCGGUGGCACGCGCCACGAAACCUACAGGAGCACCCUUAGGACCAUACCGGGCACGAGACUCGCCUGGCUCGCAGACACGGACAACCAGGUGAACCCGGACGCAGACAUGGUGCAGACGCCCACCACUAGCGAAUUAUUUUUUGAUCGACACCCGGGCAUAUUCGCCUAUGUGCUGAACUACUACAGGACUGGCAAGCUUCACUGCCCAGCGGAUGUGUGCGGCCCUCUGUUCGAGGAGGAGUUGGCAUUUUGGGGCAUCGAUGAGACGGACGUGGAGCCCUGUUGCUGGAUGACCUACCGCCAGCACAGGGACGCAGAAGAGGCGCUUGAUAUAUUCGAGCCGCCAGACCCGGAGGAUGCGGAGGACGACCAGGACUUGCCCAGACGCUUCGGCAUUGAGGACAGCCCUGACCGCUCCAGGGGAUGCUGUGAAGUUUGGCAACCAAAAAUAUGGGCGCUCUUUGAAGAUCCAUAUUCUUCGCGUGCAGCUCGGAUAAUUGCCUUUGUCUCCCUCUUUUUCAUCCUGGUGUCCAUCACUAACUUCUGCCUGGAGACCCAUGAGGCCUUUAAUGAGCUUGUUAAUCACACUGAUUUAGCUUCAGUCGGAAACACCACUGCGACCUUCAAGCUGGAGAUGGAGACCAAACCAGUGCUCAUGCUGGUGGAGGGAAUCUGUGUGGUUUGGUUUACCUUUGAGUUCCUGGUCCGCAUUAUAUGUUGCCCGAACAAGCUUCUCUUCAUCAAGAACACGCUAAAUAUCAUUGACUUUGUAGCCAUCCUGCCCUUCUAUCUGGAGAUGAGUUUGAGUUGGCUCACAUCUAAAGCUGCCAAGGAUGUCCUGGGAUUUCUGCGCGUGGUCCGUUUUGUGCGCAUCCUACGGAUCUUUAAGCUCACGCGACAUUUUGUGGGUCUCAGGGUUCUUGGCCACACCUUGCGGGCGAGUGUCAAUGAGUUUUGCCUUCUCAUCAUCUUUCUUGCUCUCGGGGUGCUCAUCUUCGCCACCAUGAUCUACUACGCCGAACGUAUCGGUGCAGAUCCCCAAGACCCUAGUGGCAGCAGACACACUCAUUUCAAGAACAUUCCCAUUAGCUUCUGGUGGGCGGUGGUCACCAUGACGACACUAGGUUAUGGGGACAUGUACCCUAAGACAUGGCUGGGCAUGAUGGUCGGUGCGUUAUGCGCAUUAGCGGGCGUGCUUACCAUCGCCAUGCCUGUGCCCGUUAUCGUUAACAAUUUUGGGAUGUACUACUCGCUGGCUAUGGCCAAGCAGAAGCUGCCCAAGAAGAAGAAGAAGCACAACCCAAACCCAGAUAUGGUAAUGGACUCUGCCUCAUUUGGGAAGUCUGAAAGCAACUCGCCAAGGAAUAGCACACAGAGUGACACGUGCCCCCUCGCCGCUGAGGAGAACAUCGGAAGAAACCGCUCAGAUUCGAAGCAGAAUGGCGAUGCCAACGUUACUCUUUCAGAAGAGGAGGGCUGCAGUCUGACCCAACCGCUCUCUCCCAGCGAGAGGUGGACCCUCCGAUGUUCACGCAACAGAGACAAGACCAUGAAAGAGGCAACUUGCUUCCUGCUGAAUUCUGGAGACUUUUCUUGCGGAGCUGAACCCACAAUCCACACAGAGAGCUGUAAAGACACUCUCACAUCCCCAGCAAACUACACUCAAGCAGAAGUCUCCUUCCUGACCUGAGGGGCUUUGUCCUGAUAGGACUCUUCUGAGAUGCUCACCAAUCAUUCAUCUUCUCAUUAGUCAUGCAUCAUCUAUCUCAGUCAAGGGUGCGGUACCCCUGUAGACUGGUAAAAUGUGGAUCAUCAUCAUCUGUCCGUUUUCAAGCUGCCAGGCAUGUAUUAGCAUGAUAGAGUACUUUUGGUCAAAAUCUAUCUUUAAUGUACUUUUAUAUUUAGGGCACAUAAAAAUCUUACCCGAAGUAACUCUUUAAAAUAUUAAUGAUGAUCAAUGUUGCUUGAGACCCCAUUAAAAUUGGAUAAUUGUAAGUGCUAGUUUAAUGCUGAAAGUUUACAAAAUAACUUUAUUAGUAUAUUUAGAGACUAACAUUUAAGAGACUUUUAGAGGACAAACCUUUCAAUAUGUCUUUCCUGUCAAGAUUAUCUAUCUAAAAGUGCAAAUUCAGACUGAAACUUAUGAGACCAUUAGAAAUGUGUACUGUUCCUGUUCUAGAUACACUACUGUUCAAAAGUUUGGGUCUGUAAAAUGUAUGUUUUUGAAAGAAGACUCUUAUGCUCACCAAGGCAGCAUUUAUUUGAUAAAAAAUACAGUAAAAACAGAAAUAUUGUGAUAUAUUAUUACAAUUUAACGUAACAGUUUUAUAUUUUAAUGUAUUUUAAAAUUAAAUUGUAUUCCUGUAAUGGC